UUAAAUCACAAAUAAAUAAUAAACUAUAUUUAUCUGCAAUGGGAGCCCAGCAAACUACUGGAAAAGUCAGAAGAGCUCGGAGAAUGAGCAUGGAGGAGUUAAUUACAAAUAAAAACAGCGUUACCACAGCUUCUACUCUAAGCAGUAGGACACCUAUCACUCAUAAAGGACUUCAUAAGAGAACCAAGAGUCAAGACCCUUUCAGGUCUACUUUUACCUUUGGUAAUAACCAUGGUUUCUGAAAUAAAGGGAGGAAUUCUGAUCCUGGACCCGAUAAGCCCAAACUAGAGCUGCCAAAAAUAAGUACCUGAAUUGUUAUGAUCCCUAAGACUACAAAGAAUGUCAUCGCAGAAGAUUUGGCUGAGUAUGAUCAGGAAGAUGAGGAAGUUUUUCAAGAACUUAUGAAUACUAAUAACUAAUUAUGCCUAAUUUUUCAAUCAUA